AUGGACCGAAGCUUCCAGAUUGGUAACUAUCUCAUGGCAUGGGGUACAUCGGGAAGCACCAAUACAAAACGCAGCAUCAUGGAUAACGGUUUUGGCGGCAAGAAGCUCUUUGAGGACUUGUGGGCCGAAUUCAAAUCUAGGUACAAGGCACUCGUCAGAGAGAUGGAUGAAAACCAGAAUCUUGUGAUGGACAGGUGCAUAGACUUGAUGACGGCGGGCCUUGAUAUUCUGAGCAAGCAAAACGCUCGAAGGAGAAGGUGA